AUGUCCGACCAUAUCGCGGCCGAGCCUAGCGCUGCAAGCAGGCUUCUGCAGCAGCACAUGUCACACCACGUCACGGUCGAGGAUACGGUCGAUGAGGAGCUCUCCUCUAAGCCUGCCGCUAGCACUGAAGCUACCGGGAGCGACGCUCCAACGUCGUCCACAAGCCCUCCCCCCGCUACUAUUGCAACAAAGCAGAAACCUCGUCUGGCAACCGAUUCUCACGAGCUGUUCCCGGAACUCGGUGGGACGACAGCCAAGUCUGCAGCCAACGCCGCGCCUGUCUGGCCUGCGAGGACGAAUGCGAAUGGCAGAGCCAACGGCGCCAGCCCGGCUAGCGGUACGCCCAAACCGUCUGCGCCGACCUCCGGGUCCACCACGCCAACGCUCCCGACGUUGCAUGCUGCUCCGAGCCUCUCCAUCCCAGGCCGGAAUGUCGAGUACAUGCUUCUCGAGCCGCAACAUGUGCUGCCUCGGAGCCAGUUGAAGCGGCCGCUGGCCGACAUCGUCAAGGACUUCAACCGCAAGUCUCGAGCACAGGUCAAGGUGAUUACUCAGCCCGACAACAAGGUUAGGGUUGAGGCCACCGGCCCGCCGGAAAUCGCGACGCAGGCGCUCAAGGACUUUGUCCGGCUGAUCGGUACCAAACUGACGAUCAAGGUACCCAUUCCCCGGUCCGCGAGGGCCCACAUCAUUGGCAAGGGCGGGUCCACGAUCAAGGCCUUGCAGGAAAAGACUGGCGCUCGGAUCCGGAUGCCCAAGGCCGAGGAGGGUCAGUCGCCGGUGGAGGAGGAUGAUGACAGCACAAUCGAUGUCACCAUCGAAGGGAAUUCCCAGGAGGCCGCCGCAGCUCGAAACGAGAUCCUCAAGAUCGCCGGUGAGCGUGCGGGCAGCGUCAACGCCCCGGUAAGAGGCAUUCCUGCCGAAUUCUACCCCUUUAUUGCAGGCCCGAACAACAGCUUCAUCAACACCAUCGAGCAGGACAAGGGGAUCCAAAUCCGAGUCCCACCUUACCAGGCAUGGUCGGCUCAGCCUCCUGUCGCGCCGGUUUCGGGACAACGUCCCGAGUUCGCCCCAGCCGUUGACAGCUUUAUCCAACUAGCUGGCGACCGGGAUGCCGUGCGAGCCGCUCGGGAGGAGAUCGAGAAGCGCGCCCAGGAACUUCGGGAGCAACUGAUCAUGGAGCAGCUCUCCAUCCAGCGGGGGCGUCAUCAAUUCAUCAUCGGGGAUAGAGGCAUCCCGGUGCACAAGUUCUUCGAGGACACGGGAUGCACCAUCGUCUUGCCCAACGACGAUGAUGAUGAUAUUGUCAGGAUCAUCGGCCCCGCCCAUCAGGUCCAGGCUGGCUUGGAGAGAGCGAUGGAUUUGGCAAUGAACAUGCAGUGUUCGAACAUUGACAUCUCCCGUUUCCACCGCCAAGCCCCCGGCGGAGCUGCUGCACACGCUCGGAAUGUCACCAGGUAUCUACGGCAAAGAAGAGAGCUCGAGCGGUUGGAGAAGGAAUAUAAUGUACAUGUCAACACCCCGUUCACGGACGAAGGUGCUUUGCCAUGGGAGCUCUACGCACGCGACGGCAAGAAUGCGAUUAGGGCGCAGUCCGAGAUCAAGAGCUUGAUAGACGGUCACCCUCCGGCUCGGAUCGCUACUGUUGUCGUGGACCCAUUCUUCCACCACUACAUUCGGAACGAGGUCAUGCCCCAAGUGAGGCAGAUCUACGGUGUUCACCUGGUUGUUCCGGAAGCCUCGGAGCCGAAUGCGCCGGUUCUGUUGGUUUACGAAGGCGCCUCAAGCCCCGACUCGUACCAAAUCCCGCGUUCGCAGCCCACCCAGAAAGACCUUACGGAAAUGCAGAAGUGGCUUCAAGAGGCGCAGAGUCAUAUUGCCAACUUGAUGAGCCAGCAGGAAGCCGUGUCCUCCCAUUCCAUGGAAGUCCCUCAAAAGUACCAUGAUAAGCUGCGGAAGUUCAUCAAGAAUGAGCAGGACAGGGCCGCCAACCCGGUUCGCGCGCGCGUCUCGAAUCUCGGCAGCACGGUCACCAUCCGCGGUCCUAGCUCUGUUGUCGACUCGCUCUCGGCUAAGUGUCUCGAGUUCCUGGAGCAAGAGAAGCAGGAUGAAAAGGAGCGUGGCUUCACCCUCGAGUUCGACUUCCCUCAGAAGUUCGCCAACCACCUGAUUGGCAAGGGCGGAAGUAACAUUCGGGAUCUACGCGAGAAGUUCGACGUGGAUAUCCAGGUAGCCGACGGUAAAGUGCAGCUGAAGGGCCCGAAAGCCAAGGCGGAGGCGGCGAAGGCCCACAUCUCCGCCCUCGCCCGUCAGUUGCAGGAUGAGGCGACACACGUGCUCAAGGUUGACCCCAAGUUCCACCGCGAGCUGAUCGGCGCCCAGGGCAGCCAGAUCAACAGGCUGCAGACCCGGUACAAGGUGCUUAUCUUCUUCCCGCGCAACACUAAGAACGCCAAGGACGAUGAGUCUGUUGCUGAGUCGGCCAGCGACUCCGGGAAGUCGCGCCGUCAGCAAGCCCCUGACGAAGUCAUCGUUCGUGGCCCCAAGCGUGGGGCCGAUGAGGCUCGGGACGAGCUGCUUUCACUCCUUCAGUAUCUGAAGGACACUUCCUUUACUGCGACUGUGACUGUCCAGCAAAAACAACUGCCGUCGCUGAUCGGUACCGGCGGUGCUGCCCUGGAGCAGCUACGCCAGGCGACCGGAGCGAAGAUCGAUGUGCCAGGCGCCAAAGAAUCUGCCGCCCCCGAGGUCGAGAUUCACAUCAAGGGCACCAAGACGCAGGUCGCGGCGGCCAAGAAGGCCCUGGAGGAGAAGAAGGCCAUCUUCGAGGACACCGUGGUCAAGACCAUCGAUGUGGACAGAAAGUACCACAAGGCGCUCAUCGGCAGUGGUGGUUCUAACCUCCGCGAACUUGUUGUCAAGGCGGGUGGUUCUGACGACCGCCGCGAGCUGGCUCGUACCAUCCAGUUCCCUAAGCAGGAUACGGAUGGCAACACCAUCAAGGUUGAAGGACGUAGCGCCAUUGUGGACAAGAUCAUUGCCCAAAUCGAAGCCUUUGUGUCCGAGCGUGAAGGUCAAGUUACCGAGGUUCUGGAUGUGCCCGUCGAGAAACAUAGGUCGCUGAUCGGCCGCGGCGGAGAGACCAAGCGGAACCUCGAGGCUCAGUUCAAGGUCUCCAUCGACGUGCCGCGCCAGGGCAGUGGCCAGACGGCCGUCAAGAUUGUCGGGCAGACGGCCGACGUUGAGAAGGCGAAGACUCACAUCCAAUCCAUGGUUAAGGAGCAAGAGGGCGAGUCAAUCCAGGUUCCGCGGGCUCUCCACCACGCCGUCUCCAACAACGGCCAAAUUUUCCGGAAGCUCAAGGGCGACUUCCACGUCACAGUCGACCACGCCGGACACACUGUGCCUCCCAAGCCGGCCACUCCCACCCAAGCCCGUGUCAAUGGCAGCUCCCUCCCCCUGAUCACGGACGACGAGGACGCGGUUGCCGAUGCCCACUCGUGGAAGGUGGUCGAGCAGACAAGCGCUGAAGAAGGCGACAUCCCCUGGGUCCUCCGUGGCUCGGCCGAGAACGUCGAGAAGGCCAAGAAGGCCAUUGAAUCGGCCCUUGAACAGGCUAAAAAGCACAACGCCACCGGUUACCUUAUCCUCCCGGACCCUACGACGUACCGUUUUGUCAUUGGUCAGGGCGGUAGCAAAGUUAACUCUAUCCGCAAGCAAAGCGGGUGCCGAAUCAACGUCCCGCGUGAUCAAUCCCAGGGUGAGGCUAUUGAAGUCAUUGGCACCAAGGAGGGCGUGGAGAAAGCCAAGGACCUGAUCCUGGCUGCUGUGAGGGAAGGUCUGAGCAGCCGGCAGCAGGGGCGCGAGUAG